GCUCCUCAUCUUGGCAAGGGACACACUUUGUUUGUGGACAACUGGUACAGCUGUCCCACACUCUUCUAGCAUCUGCUCUCCAACAGCACAGGGGCCUGUGGCACAGUCAGGUUGAACAGGAAGGGUAUGCGCCGGCAUUCGGAUGCGGAGAGGGGAGGUAGAGUUCAAGGAGAACGGUCAACAGCUCACAGUAAAGUGGCAUGACAAACGGGCCAUGUCCUCUCCACUGUCCAAUCAGCAACCAUGUCGGCCACAGGGAAGGUGGAUCACCUGACUGGAGUGAGAAAGAUCAAACCAGACUGUGUGCUUGACUAUAACCUCAAAAUGGGGGCAGUGGAUAAGGCAGACAUGAUAAACAGCUUUGUGGAAUGCACUCAGAAAACUACCAAGUGGUAUAAGAAGAUAUUUUCCCAUCUGAUCGACAAUGGCCACGCCCUCAAUGGCCACAUAGUUCACCGCCAACUGACAGGUAAAGUAAUUACCUACCAAAAGUACAGAGAGAACCUCAUGAGAGAGCUGCUGGAGGAGCACCACACCCCUCGGCGCCCAUCCACUAGGGGCUGUGCUGCUGCAGAUAAUCCCUACGCCUCACUGCACGGCAUUUUCCCUGCAAAGUCCCUCAAACUGCUGCUCAAGGUAGUCGCACACGGAGGCACUGCAAAGUCUGCCUGUCUGGCACCAGGAGAAGGAAGCAGAGGUUGACAAAGUACAUGUGUUCAGCUUGUGAAACACCUCUGUGUUUCACCAUGCUUUGAGGAGUAUCACAUGCUCAAGCACUACUGAGCACAUCUGCAGCAAUUAGUGACUGACUGACCUGACAGGUGACUUGACAGGUGACCUGCUAUGAUAUUAUGU